AUGGUCACUGCAAGCUUUAGUUUGAGCUACGAGAACCGCGUACCGCAUCGCCAAAAGCAGCAAGAAAUCGAGAAGCAGUGGCAGCAAAUCUCGUCGUACUGGCCUAGCACCAACAAUAAGAGCAAAAAGAGCAGUGAACCUCGACGAACCAAGAGAAGCAAAGAAGAACACGAGGCCAAGGAAAAGGCCCGUGCUGAGCGAGGCAGUACUGGUGCUCCUACAGAUGGAAUAGAGCCAGUUGAAGGCCGCGGCAAGUUUCGAAUUGGCAAAAACAACAGACGAAGCCAACAAGACCAAGCGGCCAAAGAUAAAGCCGCCAAGGCAAAGAACCUCAUCAAUGGAUCGACGAAUGAACCCAUUACUGGACCCAUGCCAGGUGCGCAUGCGGCCUCUCGUGGAAACCAAGCUAUCAAAGAUCGAGCUGCCAAGGAUUCAGCUGCCAAGUUUAAGAACCGGAUCAAUCGAUCAGGUGGGCCCAAUACUGGACCGCCGAUGCCUGCUGGUGCCCAUGCGGACUCUCGUGGUGACAAGAUGGACAAAAAUACCAAGAAAGGGAGAUUCAGUAGACCCUUGGGGACUCAAUCUGUCUUAGCCGAGGAAAAACGAGCAGAAAGGCGAGCAAGACUUGAAGCUGACAAGGGAGAUCAACGAGGACGAGGUCGUGGUAACAACAAGGAUGGACUCGUCACCGCUAAUGCCGUGGAAAGUACUGAUGGUGACCAAGCUUUGGAACUACUCAAUAUAAUGUUGGACCAGAAGGAAGAUAAAAUAUCAAAGAAGGACAAGUCUUUGGAUGGAACCACGUCUGAUGACGACUCUAGUGAAAAGAAGAACAAAGAGAAGAAGCAGGACGAAUCGCAUGGAAGUAAGUGGGUACGAUUGAAGAAGAAGAAGGGCGUUUGCUGCCUACUUUUUUUCAUUGUGGUUGCAAUUGCCGGUGCUGGAUCAUGGUUUGGUACGCGUGGCUCUUCAAAGGAAGCAUUGCAAGUAGAUGGUGUUGGAAGAACAGAGACGAAUGUCACGGAUGCUCCAGCGAUUGAAACAUCACCAACUCUGGGUCCGUCUACGCUGACGAAUUCUUCAACGAGCGCACCUAGUGGAACGCCCAAUCCCGACUUUAAUUCUGCCUUUGACCCGCCGUCGACAGAAGACUGCGAUGCCAUUGCAAAAGGAGAGGCCAUUCAAGGUCAGGACUCGAUGCCCGUACAAAGCUACGAGCUUAACCUGGAUUCGACUCCUUACAUUUCAAUGAAUUUGGAUUUUUCAUCCAGCAUGAUUAGGGAUAAGAUCAGAGAAAUUGUCACCCCUGAGCUUACUGGAUGCAACCGAGCCGUCCAAAACUUGCGCCAUCAUCGUCAUUUGAAUGAUGGGUUCUCUUAUGAGAUUGGAAACGUGAUCGUUGAUGCGAGCGGAGUCGAAGGGGUUCAAUGUCUUGAUGAUUCUAAACAGUGCCACCGAGUCAGUGUGAAGCUUGAUAUUGUGGUGAAAAAUGACACUGUUAAAAUUACUACUGUGAUUGGUGAGCUCAGCGUCUUCUUUGGAGGCGGCGUUCUUGCGGAGAAACUUGAUUUGGCUGACACCUACGAAAGCAUUGUUGCUGUGACCUUGAGACCCAUUGAUGAAACAACAUCUCCAAGCACUACUGAGAAUACGUUACCACCAGAAGCACCAACCACAGCACCAGUUGUCGCUUCUCCCACGCUGCCGGAGACAAUAAUGCCAAGUACAAGUCCAACAUUGGAGCCAUCCCAUCUGCCGACUUUCGCUCCCGUGAUAGGCAUAACCCCUGGGCCAACUAUAGCACUAACUCCUGGACCAACACAGCCGCCAACUUCUCCUCCAACUCCUGGACCAACUCCACCUCCAACGGCCAGUCCAUCUCCUCUGCCAACGUUUGCUCCAGUGGUUCCAGCUCCACUACCUACAGCAUUUCCCACCUUUUUGCCAACGCCCCAACCUACGCCUUUUCCCACCCCUGGACCCACUGUACCCCCGACACCUGGACCUACUUUGCUACCAACACCGCUACCAACUGCACUCUCAACUCCAGGACCCACACAGUCUCACACACUUCGACCUACUCCGCCACCAACAAUGCCAUGUUUUCAAACAAGCUCUGAGCUCUCUGACAGAGUCGGCGAGUGGUUUCGGUCUUCUCAGUUAAAGGCAUCCGUCGAGGCCCAAUAUGGACCAAUUGGAGACUGGUGUUUUGGUGCAGGUGUCACCAGUAUGUACAACCUCUUCGGGAGUCGUCAUCGUUUCAAUGAGGAUAUUACAAAUUGGGACGUCUCUUCUGUUGCCAACAUGGAUUCCAUGUUCUGGAGAGCCUCAGAUUUCAAUCAAGAUUUGUCAUCAUGGGAUGUUUCCUCUGUCACUACCACUAGGUACAUGUUCAAUUAUGCAUCAUCCUUCAAUCAAGACUUGUCACAUUGGAAUGUGUCUUCUGUAACUGAAAUGAUUGAAAUGUUUGCUUAUGCAACAUCUUUCAAUCAAGCCUUGUCAGCUUGGGACGUUUCUUCUGUUACCACCAUGAGACGCAUGUUCUCUAGUGCAAGCUCCUUCAAUCGAGACAUCUCGUCAUGGGACGUUUCUUCUGUUGUCGAAAUGCGCUUAAUGUUCGCUUAUGCAUCAGCCUUCAAUCAAGACUUGUCAUCAUGGGAUGUUUCAAAAGUCACCUUCAUGGAGGGAAUGUUCCUCAGUGCAUCCUCAUUCAAUCAAGACAUAUCGUCCUGGGAUAUAUCUUCAGUCGAGAGGAUAAAUGGCAUGUUUAAGUGGGCGUCUUCUUUCAAUAAGAGUCUUUGUGCAUGGGGCUCGCGGAUUCCUAGCACUGCCAACGUUGACGAAUAUGUUUUUUUUCAGACCAACUCCUGUCCAUCACAAUCCAGCCCAAACCUCUCUUCGAAUCCACCAGGUCCAUUUUGCCAUGAGUGUAUUUUACAAGCAUGUUUUCAAUCAGACACCGAGCUCUCUGACGCAGUUGGCGACUGGUUUGAGUCAGCUCAGUCAAAGACAUCAAUCGAGGCCCAAUAUGGACCGAUCGGAAACUGGUGCUUUGGUGCAGGCGUCACCAGCAUGAAUGAGCUUUUCAAGGAACGUUCUACUUUCAACGAGGAUAUUGGAAAUUGGGAUGUCUCAUCUGUAACAAACAUGCGUCACAUGUUUUAUGGAGCAUCAUCCUUUAAUCAAGACUUGUCAUCGUGGGAUGUUUCUUCUGUCUGGACCAUGGAAAUGAUGUUCUACAAUGCAGUGUCCUUCAACCAAGACAUCUCAUCAUGGGACGUUUCUUCUGUCUGGACUAUGCGUGUUAUGUUCGGCAACGCGCAAUCAUUCAACCAAGAUUUGUCGAGUUGGAAUGUGUCGUCCGUCACCCAUAUGGGGAGUAUGUUUUUCAGCGCAACUUCAUUCAAUCAAGACUUGACCGCAUGGGAUGUCUCUUCUGUCACAAGUAUGUAUGCAAUGUUCAUGGGUGCAACAUCCUUCAAUGGAGACAUAUCAACAUGGGAUGUUUCUUCCUGCGAGUUUAUGUUUCAAGUUUUUCAAAGAGCAACAUCCUUCAACCGAGAUAUUUCAUCAUGGGAUGUUUCCUCUGCAACAAGAACAGAUUUGAUGUUCCAGGGUGCAACAAGCUUCAACCAAGACAUAUCAUCAUGGAAUCUUGCCUCUGUCGACAACAUGACGCGAAUGUUUGAAGGCGCAACAUCCUUCAACCAAAAUCUUUGUUCAUGGGGUGAACGCAUGCCAAAAAAAGACCACGAAUACGAUGGGAUUUACAAUUCGUUUUCCGACACCAACUGCCCAUCACAAAUGUUUCCAAGCUGGUCUUCGAGUCCCCCGGGUCCGUUUUGCCACUUGUGUACAUAA